GUUAAUGAUCAGUUGAGACAUGUGAAAGACCAACGUCCAGAUAAACAACAUUUACAACAUCAAAACAUCGAUUUAAUGAGGUUUUAAAGUAAAUCGUAUUGUCCUGUUAGUUUUAGAUCGCAUUUAAAUGUCAAAGCAACAAAUGCAAGAAGAGAAAACAACAAUGCAGGCAGUGUGUGUUGAUGAAUCAGGGAAGCUGGAUUUGAAACACAUUCCACGGCCUGAACCCAAAGAUGGGCAGCUUCUCAUCAGAGUCACCGCAACUGCUUUAAACAGAGCUGACCUGCUACAGAAAAGGGGUUUUUACCCUCCUCCUCCUGGAGAGAGUGAGAUCUUGGGUCUGGAGGCCAGCGGUGUGAUCGCUGACAUCGGUCCUGGGGUCAAAGGGAAAUGGAAACUUGGAAGUAAAGUAAUGGCAUUACUCGGAGGAGGAGGCUAUGCAGAAUAUGUUGCUGUUCCAGAAGAACACAUCAUGCGUGUCCCAUCACCCCUCACUCUUUAUCAAGCUGCAGCUCUUCCUGAGGCCUGGCUGACUGCCUACCAACUUCUGCACUUCAUAGCCAAAGUGAAGCCGAAUGAGACAGUGCUGAUUCAUGCUGGAGCGAGUGGAAUCGGCACCGCUGCCAUUCAGCUGGUUCGCUUGAGUCGCGCGAUUCCAGUAGUAACAGCAGGGAGUUCGGAAAAGUUAAUAUUUGCAGAGCAGAUGGGAGCAGCUGCAGGAAUCAACUACAAAGAGGAGGAUUUUUCUGAAAAAGUUCUGCAGCUCACUGAAGGCAAGGGAGCUGAUGUAAUUCUGGACUGUGUUGGUGGAUCUUUUUGGGAGAAGAACAUUUGUAGCCUUGCAGUAGAUGGACGAUGGGUGCUUUAUGGCAUGUUGGGAGGUAAAGCGGCUGAUGGAGACUUGCUUGGCAAGCUGUUGAGGAAGAGAGGCAAUCUUCUUUGCAGUCUUCUCAGAUCAAGAAGUUUACAGUAUAAAGCAGAGCUGGUCCGGAGUUUCACGGAGCAGGUUUUGCCGCACUUCCAGUCAACAGAUCCUCCCUUGUGGCCUGUGAUAGACAGCAUGUUCAACAUGGAGGAUGUUGAAAUGGCUCAUCAACGUAUGGAGGCAAACAAAAACAUUGGGAAAAUAAUCAUCAAAAUUGGAAACUCUUGAUCAUAUACAAUAAUCAGCAUAGAUUGUUGGCGCUAACAGCAAGAGCGCCAACAUAUAAAGGCGUUGCAUUACGGGCGUCCCGAGUUUGAAUCCUUGCUCGAGGACCUUUCUUUAUCCCGUCCCCCUCUCUCUCUCCCACUUCGCUUUUUAAUUUGUAAUUAUGACAUAAGACUGAUACUGUAAUAAUUCUGAAUGGAGUAAAUCAUUGUCAAGACCACUUGUCUAUUAAUCUAUUAAUGUUAAAUGUUGCAUAAAAAGAUUUCACAUAAAGAAAUACCUUAAAGAUAUUUAUGAGAGUAAAACAUACAACUUUAGGGUGAAAAAAGGUAUUUCCUGCCUGUGAAGAAGAUUGAAUUAAUGAGAUCAAAUUUUGUACCUGGUUUAAAUCUUUAUAUCAUCUGUUUAUUACUUUAAACUGCUGUCUAGUUUAAUCCAGUAUCUAUGAAAAUCUCUAAAUAGUCUUACAACAUGGCUACAAAUUAGGGCUAUUGUUUUUGCUUUUAGAU